AGAUGUGAGAGGAACAACUCACCAGGCGUCAGAGUGAAGAUGAUGAUCCAGAUGAUGGUCAUGAUUCAAACACCUAACAGGCUGCUGUGAUGAGGUCAUUGAGAACGGCUCCUCCUCUUCCUCUGGUCUUUCUGCUCAUGACUGCUGGAGCUUUUGGAGCAGAGGGGAGUGACCCAAUUCCAGGGGUGGAGCUGACUGAUCUGAGUAAAGACCCAGUUUAUUCAGGCAGAGUCGAGUUUUUCACUGAUGAUCAGAAACGCUUCUCCCUCAAACUGAGUGAUGUAGUGAAGAAGGAUGAACAUCAGUUCUGCUUAAGACUCAAAACAAAUGAAGAAAAAGAAAGAUGGGUGGGUUAUCCUGGAGUUCGCCUCAGAGUUACAGAGCUCCAUGUAGAAGCUCCUGAAGAAGUGACAGAGGGACAAACAGCAGAUCUGACAUGUAAGACCACCUGCAGUCUGACUGACCCAACAUUCAUCUGGUACAAAAAUGGACAUCCUUUAAACACAACGGCCAUCAAGAACAACCAGCUCCACCUGCAGACGGUCAGCAGUGAGGAUGCAGGCAGUUAUAGCUGUGCUGUAGGAGGAUCUCAACACCUCCACUCUACUGCUCACAGCCUCAGAGUCAGAUAUUCUCCAAAGAGGGUCUCAGUGUCCAUCAUUCCCUCUGGUGAAAUAGUGGAGGGCAGUUCAGUGACUCUGACCUGCAGCAGUGAUGGAAACCCACCUGUGAAGAACUACACCUGGUUUAAAGAAGGUGGAACCUCACCUGUUGGAUCUGGACACAGUUACAGCAUCAUCAGCAUCACUGCUGACCACACUGGACUGCACUACUGUGUAGCUCAGAAUGACCAUGGAGCUCUGAAUGGAACUGUGAUGGUCACUGUUAAGAUAGGUUGUUCAGUGGUUCUGUAUUCAGUGGUUCUGUCUGUGGUUGUUGGAGUCAGUCUCUGUGGAAAUGCAGCUCUGCUCUCUGUGGUUUUCUGGAUGAGGGGUAAAAGACAGAAGAGAAACCUGGAAGAGCGAGAUAAUGAGAAUGCUGACCCUAAAGCUCAGGAUGACACAUACACAGCUCUUCAGCCCACAGCCAGGUCCUCUGAUGAUGUGUACCACACACUCGCAGCUGUUCAGUCCAGCUCUCCUGAUGACCCAUACACAGCUCUGGACCCUCAGUCCAGGUCUCCUGAGUACGACACUCUAGCAGUGAGUUCUACACAUUAAACUGAGAUCCUCAGUAACAGAGAAGGUGAUAAACUCCAUGUACAGUGGAUUUGAAUGUCUGAGUCUGUAUCAGUUCUUCAUCUACAAAACAUGAUGAUCUCUCUACUUUAGCUUUUAAACUCGGCUCCUGCCAAGAUGUGUUAUGGACACUGUAUUAAUUCCAUGUAUUUGCUUUAUUGCUUGCAGAGUAUAAGACUAUGUACAGGCCAAAGGUCAUGGGCAAAACAUCCUGUCCUCUGACUGAUAGACAUGCUUAGCUGCCUAGAUACAUAAAGCAGGAUCCUCAUAUAGCGAUUGACCUCGGUCACCUGUCCUACACCCCCAGAACUUCUGCUUUCAUAAGAUAUUCAGUCAGGGCAGCACUGGUCAUGCAUGUACAGCCUGACCAGAAGAUGCUGCAUGUCUUCAUAACCUGCUGAAGACUGAUAACAACAGCGGUCAAACCUCCCCUUAUUUGGUAUCUCGUCAACACCUAGUUUAGGGUAUAAAGCCCUCUGUAAGGGUGACCGCCUCAGAGUGCACCCUCAUCUCUUCACUCUCUGGUCUGUCACACUUUCAUUUCCUAAAUAAAUACUAUCGCUUAUUCAACACCUGUGAUUUGUUCUGCUGUCAGGAUUUCCAUGACAGACACAAAACUACAGAUGUAAUUUUGCAUCUCUAUUUUAGUCAUUAUUCUGUGUAGAUUCUUAGUUUUUUUUUGUUUGUUUCUUUAAUUACAAUGAUUUUUUCCCCCUAUGAUACUAUGAUGUCAAAUUUAUAUUAAUGCCUCAUAUUGUAACCACUUUAUUUUACUUUUUAUAAAUAUCUGCUAGAAUGUGAAAAGCUUUUUCUACUUUGUAAAUAUAAUCAUCUCUGUGUGAUUUAGUGCAGAGUGUUUUCUCUAUGUAGAGUAUGAAAUGCUAAGAGCUGAAAUCAUUCUGAUAUAAAUGUUGUGUAUCAGCUCUUAUUCUCAGUAUGUUGAGCUCAGUGUGAGGCUGUUAGUGAUCUGCAUUGUGUUCUCACCACAUUCACAUGCUGGGUGGAGCUCAGCUCUGCAUCUCUGUCUGUUCAUGAUUGUGCAUUUUUGUUUAAUAAAAUAUACUAAAAUAUGCA